GAACCUACAAUAAAAGUAUUGUCGAAAGGCUUAAAUUUUGCUAUAACGCCGCAAAAAAUCCCGUACGAAGAAAUUAUCUGUAGUGUUGAGGAUUGUCUGUUUAAGAAUAAUAUCGGUAAAGAGGAUUUAGAGGCUAUACGUCAAGACAUUUCGUCCUUGUUACGUCGAAGUUCAGCACCAAAACUAAAUUUGCCCAAAGACGAAAUUAAAGCGUUGUACAACUUACGCAACAGACCAGAGCUCACUAUUCUCCGCGCGGAUAAAGGAAAUGCUACGGUAAUAAUGGACACGUCAGAGUAUAAUUUCAAAAUACAACAACUUUUAUCGGACAAAGCUAGAAGAUAACAACAUGCCUACAGAAUAUGCAGUAUUACUCAAACACUGCCUCACAUCUGGCUAUUUAUUGUGGAAAGAAGAGUUCUACAUGCAAGUAGACGGAGUGGCAAUGGGCUCACCUGUAUCUCCCGUAGUCGCCGACAUAUUCAUGGAGGACUUUGAGGAGAAAGCCCUUCUUACUGCUCCUGUAAAUCCAAGAUUCUACAAGCGGUACGUAGACGAUACUUUCACAAUUUUACCAUCUGACAAAGUAACUGCAUUUUAAACCACCUUAAUUCCAUAAACCCUAAAAUACAAUUCACAAUGGAGUUAGAGGCAAACAAUACUUUAGCUUUUCUAGAUGUUUUAGUCAUCCGAAAUCCUGAUAACACUAUUGGUCAUACUGUGUACAGAAAAAAUACCCAUACCAACCGAUAUUUAAAUGGUGAAUCUCACCAUCAUCCUUCACAGUUAGCUACCGUGGGAAAAUCUUUGUUUCAGAGAGCACGAGGGAUCUGUGACAGAAAACAUCUGGCCGCCGAGCUUCAGCACGUCGAGCAAGUACUGCAAGACAACAAGCUUCGGGUCCCGCGCCUACGUCACAGUGACCGAGUGAAGCCAGCCACAGUCGAGCGUGUGCCUGCUGUACUACCCUAUGUCAGAGGAGUCACAGACAAGGUUGGCUACAUCUUGAAGCGAGCUUCCAUUAAAACGUACUUCAAGCCGCUGAAGAAGAUUAGUCAAUUUUUACCAUCCGUCAAGUGUCAAAUCCCUCUACAAGAUGCAGGAGUGUACAAGCUGGAUUGUGAAUGUGGUCUCUCGUACAUAGGACAAACAAAAAGAUCUAUUAAAACCCGCGUUAAAGAACAUAUAGCUGACGUGAAGCACCGACGUAUCGGGAAGUCUGCAGUUUGUGAACAUGUUCAAGAUCGUCCCCGCCAUUACAUUAGAUUUGAUAGACCACAAAUCCUCGCAAAAGAACACCGAUUCCUCCCAAGGAUGAUUCGCGAGGCUAUUGAAAUUAAAAAAACAUCCUAAUUUCAAUAGGGAAGAUGGAUGGGUGCUGCCAUCUGCUUGGGAUCCCAUAAUUAAUAAAAUCAAAUCCAAACCCAAGUAUACCACUGCUAGACUUCAAGAUACUGUAAGCUCAUUCUGCGUAAAUCGAACCAAAAAUUAAUAUUAAAAAACUGAAGGUAGCCGGGCUAACUAUGACAGCAGGACGUCAAACAACUCAGUCCCCCGUGACCACGGGUGCUGGAAAGCACCCGAAACGUCGGGAAUAUAUAAAAAUAAGUUAAUAUACGCGAUAAAAUCCGUAAAAUUAGUUUUAUUUAAAAAUGUGUAGUGUUCGCGUAAAUAUAAGAAAUCAUUAAGAAACUUUGACUAAUUAUAAUUUAAAUUACUGGUUCACACUGAAUGAAAUUUGAAAUAAACUGUGUUCAUAUAAUGCCUGCCUGGUUAUUGAAAAUUCAGGCUUCUAGUUCUAUCCACAACGAAGUUAUAGGGGGUCGAAAAUGACCUGAAUUGCUUCGAGAAAAGGAUGGUACAUCCGUACUGCUUUUUUGCUCGAUUUGGCGGAGGCGGAAUUGUUGAUAUUUUUUAUUUUUAGAUAAGAACAUAGUAAUGACUCUAAGUUAUAUUUACCGUCUUUUAAAAAAAUUGUCUUUGGCCUGACCUACUAUACUCUUUGGCUUGACCAUAGUUCUGACUAAGUAUGUCCGAUAAAAUGUCAAGAUCUGAGAGGUUAAAAUCAUGAAGUUAUAGAUAAAGAUGGAGGCCACACUUGGAACAACAGCUUGAGUCAAAUACCUACGUAUCUUUAUCUCACUCUCUGUGGUCUGACGUCUCUUUUUAGUGUGGAAUACAGUAUUGCUAUGUUUUUAUUUAAAUCUCCUGGUAAAUUCUUAGAAAUAGUUUCCACAAUAACCAAAUCAGAAGUUAAGCUCUGAAAAAUAUUGUUCCAAUAAAUAAAUAGUUUAACUACGAUUAGUUACAUUAAAAAUUCCAAAAUUGAAGGUCUCGUAUGUAUUAUUGGGUUAACCAAUCAGUGAAUUACAAUCCCUUUUCCUAAGGGUUCGGUAAUGUGGCAACAUUAUCCCUAUACGAUUAUCUUCUGGAGGGCGCAAGAAGUGGACGUGUCGCUAGAUAUUUUAAAAAUACAAGUCACAAUAGUUUAUUAAUUUUCAACUCUAACGUAAACGUAACUGUAUCACCUAUUUAUUAUACUGCGCGAGUGAUUUACAACUUUGUACUCCUACGUAGCACCACCUCGGGUAAAAAAGACAAUCUCUUAUUUUUUGUCUCGCUUACGUAUCGCAUCACGCUAGGCUCAACUAUCGUGGGUACACCACAGAUCAACAUGAACGUACACCGAUCUCCUACUGGAAGUGACACUAUUUCGGCACGAUGUGGUUCUUACCCAGAUCUAGCAAGUAAAACCAUGUGUCAUGAUACAACUGAGUUAUCACAAAUAACUUUCCGCAAUAAAUGAAAAUUAGAAAAUGAAAACGAUGAUUUAAAGGCUGAAUUCGCAGAAAUGAGAAAACAAAGGACGGCAAUGCAAAACCAAAUGAGUGAAAUGAUGACAUAUCUAACAACAGUUACUAAUAUGCAAGUCGAAAACUUCAUGAAAAUCAACGAGAAUGUCUCGACUAUAAAACAACAAAUAAACGAUUUUAAAUUAACUACUGACACCUUAGCUAAAGAACAAACAAAACUAAAACUUGAAGUGGACAAUCUCAAAAAAAUUAGUAAUAUUACAGAAAAGAAAAUAGAAUCAAUUCAAUCUAAUAUUCUAAUUCAAGGUACUACUCCAUCAAGCUCGACCUCUAUAUUGAAUGUGCAAGAAGAGAUAGUAGCUGAACUCAACGAACGUACUAUGAGGAGCAAAAAUAUAAUAAUCGCUGGUGUGCCGGAAUCAAAAUCUACCAACCUAAAUGAGAGAUACGAGGAAGAUAAGACAGCAGUCCUAAAUAUCAUCAAAACUACACUGCUUGGUGACGUCACUGAGCCACAAAAAAUUUAUCGGCUGGGAAAAUACCAACCAGGUAAGGAUAGACACCUGAAAGUUUGUUUUGCAUCCCAAGAAACAUCAAAAUUAAUACUUAAGAGUAAUCAAAACUUAAAAGAGAACCAAUUUAAGAUCUUUUACGACCAAACACCCCAACAACAGGAGUACAUAGUUACUUUAAAACGAACACUCGAGCAGCGUACAGCAACAAGUGGCGAACAAAAUCUUUGUAUCAAAUAUAUAAAAGGCGUACCCAAAAUAAUAAAAAAGACUUCAAAAAACUUCCAUCAACAACUUUCUCAAACAACGUCUUUGAAAAUGUAACGACCAACAGAGUAUCGUACCAAGCUAUUAGCAAAUAUACUGAUAUAAUAACUAACAAAAAUUCACUUAAAUGUUUUUAUGCCAAUGCCCGUAGUAUUGGUAGACCUGGUAAAUUCGAUGAACUUGCGCGUGUUUUACAGUCUUUUCCUCAUCAAAUACAUAUUAUUAUACUGACCGAAACAUGGUUGAAAUCAGAGCAGGAGGCAAAAAGAUCCCAACUAACAGGCUACACUCAUUACUUUUAUAUUAGAUAUAAUAGCAGAGGGGGUGGCGUAUCAAUAUUUGCUCAUAAUUCACUUAAGCACAAUUUAAUAGAAGAAAGCUCCCAUUGCGAAAACCGUUUUCUCUGGGUUCACAUAAACAAGUUUUCUCUAGACAUAGGUGCCGUCUACAAACCAGAACGCACGAACAACAAAGAUUUCUUGGAAUAUUUCUCAGCACAGUUAGAACAGAAAAGAAGAGGCUUGGUGUUUGGGGAUUUCAAUGUGGAUCUCCUAAGUUCUGAUAGAUCAGUCUUUGAAUAUAAAGAAACAGUAAAAGAAUGCGGUUACCAUCUUUUGAACAAAAUAGAUACACGUUACAGCACUCGUGAAACAAGUAAAACCAAUACAUUACUAGACCAUAUCUGCACAAAUCUGAAACAAAAUCUCUUUCACUUAGCUGUCAUAGAAUCCAAUAUGUCUGAUCAUAAACAAAUAUAUUUUGAAGUUAUAAAUUGUAAGCCUGAACCUAUAAAAUCAACUGUGUAUCAAGCAAUUGACUAUAUUAAUUUAUACAAAACUUUGGAAAAAGUAAAUAGUGGUAAUAAUUUAAACUUGGAUUAUAAUAUCUUCCAACAAAAUCUUAUAUCCUCUAUACAAAAAAAUAAAAUUACAAAAAGAAAACAGAAUUAUCUGCCGAAACAAGAUUGGAUACAAAACGAUAUUAUUAAAGCAAUAG